UUCAUAGUUUUUUCACGCACGUGUUACGUACGUUGUUUAAGAUCCAUGCAACUUAAUCUUACGUUCAGAAAAUAAUGAGAUAUAGAAUAACAAAAGGAAUACUCCAUUACAUUAAUUUACAUAUAGAUACGUCUCUUAAGUCUUAAUUGUACCAUUCACAAAAUUAUUUGAACCUAAUCCAUCGUCUCCCUCUGUUAUUCACCGUUUGGAUCACACCGAAUUCCAUAAGAUCCGAUCUCUCUCACAGGCCACGGCAUGGGAAUCACGUCAUCCGCAGAUCUGAAACCGGAGAAUCCCAAUCCCAAAUCUCAAAACAACUCAGAGAAAUUGGGAGAUGAUUCGUUGUCAAGUACUUGGCGAGAUCGGUUACGAGUGUUUAUGGAAGAAGGUGGUUGCAAAGAAUCAUACAAUGUUUUUCGAGAUUGCACUGAAGAAGCUGAGAAGAACAAUGAAAGUAUCGGUAAGUGUUUUCCGAUGCUGAACAAGUGUAUGGAGGCUCAUUCCGAUUACUACCAGCCUAUUCUCGCAGCGGAGAAAGCUGCUUUAGAACGGUUAACGAAGGGUUUCAACAAGCUGUCAACGGUUGGGGAAGUUUCAGAUCAACAAAAAGACGAGGAAGAAGAAGAAGAAGAGAGGUUAUUAGCUUUCCUGAAAGGUGGUGCUUUCAAAGAAUCGUUUAUGGCUUGGCUUGAUUGUUUUGAGGAAGCUGAGAGAAACAAACAAGAUUUCAUCACUAAGUGUGCUCGAGUCUCUGCUACGUUAUCCAAGUGUUUGGAUGAUCAUUAUGAUUACUAUCAUCCGGUUCUCACGGUGGCUAAAACUGCUGAAGAACACAUGGAGAAGGAGCUCGAAGCCUUUUUCUCCCGGAAGCAAGCUUAGGGAUGAUUAAGACAAAGCUUCUUAGAGAUGAUUAUGAGGAUUUAGGUUUUUUAUUGUUAAUGUUUUGAAAAUGUAUGAUUGGUGUGACAGUCUUGUUCACCACAAUCUUUCAAAUGCCAUGAUUGAUUGCUAACUAUGAUCAGAGACCGUUCGCAUAUUAGGUACGAAGAGCAGAGUUGAAUAGAAAGAAUCAUAUAGACUAAAAUGAACAAUCUGAAGAAUAAAUUUUUUACGCGAAUUUGGUAGCUAAAGAGCAUUCACGGGU